UUUCUAUUUUCUAUGAGGAGUGUGAUAAACUUUUGAAGAUGGGUGUAGAUUGGUUACAUCUAGAUGUAAUGGAUGGACAUUUCGUUCCAAAUCUAACCUUUGGACCUCCAAUCAUCAAGUGUUUGACUUAAAGAUUGCAAAAUCGAACAUUUAUUGAUUUACAUUGUAUGAUAUAAGAACCAAGAAAAUGGAUAAAGGAUCUCUCAAAUGCAGGUGGCCACUAAAUGACUGUGCAUUAUGAAUCAGAUAUUGGUAAUAUUGAAGAAUUGUCAUAAAUGAUCAGGAAUGCAGGCAUGAGACCAGCUCUAGCAUUGAAACCUAAAACACUUAUUGAUCACACUUUAAUAGAGAUUUUUGAUAAAUAAUUAUUUGAUAUGAUUUUGAUUAUGACUGUGGGUAUAAAAUCACCUAAUCAAAGAACCUGGAUUUGGUGGAUAGAAAUUUAUGGCUGAUAUGCUACCAAAAGUUACCUAAUUAAGACAAAAAUAUCCGAAAAUUGAUAUUCAAGUAGAUGGUGGUGUGAAUUGUGAUAAUGUCAUCAGUUGUUAUUAAGCAGGAGCUAAUGUAAUUGUUUCUGGGAGUGGAAGUAUCUCUUAUCUAUUAAUGAAUAGUUGUCAAUGCUAAAGAUCCAUAACAAUCAAUCAAUCAUAUGAAGGAAUGUGGAUGCCAACAUUAUAAAUGGUGA